UUCAACCAGCUGCAUUUAAUCUAGAUGAUGUUAUGUCCGAUCCGGGUAUCCGAAAACAGAUUGAUGAGUAUGCUACCCCGGCAAUUAGAGAUGAAAUGAGAAGGGCAUAUUUAUUAAAAGGUCCAUGCCGUUUGAUCGGUCAUAAUUUUCCACGCUCAAAAUUUGGUAAAGAUUGGCGAUCAUUUCAAGAAGCUUGGUAUAAACAAUAUGAUUGGUUAGAGUAUAGUGUUGAAAAACAAGCUGCAUAUUGUUUCUACUGUUUUCUUUUCAAGCCUCCAAACACUAGUGGAAAAUUUGGGUAUGAUGCAUUCAUGAAGAAGGGGUUUAAAAAUUGGAAGAAAGGGCCAGAGUACUUCAAGGUUCAUGUAGGUAAACAAAACAGCGCUCACAACAAUGCUAGAAGGCAUUGUGAAGAUUUCCGAAAUCAAAAGCAAAGUGUGUCAUAUGCAAUCACUUGUCAUGAGGAGAAAUCACAUCUGGAAUAUGAAGAACGCUUGAGGGCUGUUGUAGGCAUUGCAAGAUUUCUUGUUUCACAGGGGCUAGCAUUUCGUGGGCAUGACGAGUCCGACACUUCCUUGAAUAAGGGUAAUUUCCUUGAGAUGGUGGACUGGUUUGCCGAAAGAUGUAAGGAUGUAGCCAAUGUGAUGAAUGAUAAUGCUCCUGGCAAUCAUAAAUUGACUUCUCCUAAAAUCCAGAAACAAAUAGUACAAGCAUGUGCCGAAGAGACUAUGCAAGUCAUCAUGAAUGAGCUUGGGAGUGGUAAUUUCGCUCUACUUGUUGAUGAGUCUCGUGAUGCAUCGGUUAAAGAGCAAAUGGGUGUGAUUGUGAGAUUUGUGAACCAAAAAGGGGAGGUGUUGGAAAGGUUGCUUGGUGUUGAGCAUGUUGUUGAUACUAAAUCCGCAUCUUUGAAAAGAUCUUUGGAUGCAAUGUUUGUUAAACAUAAUUUAUCCAUGUCUAGAUUGAGAGGACAAGGAUAUGAUGGUGCCUCAAAUAUGCGUGGUGAACUAAAUGGGCUGAAGAAAUUGGUGCUAGAUGUGAACCCUCAUGCUUUUUAUGUGCAUUGUUUUGCCCACCAACUUCAAUUGGUGGUUGUUGCUGUUGUCAAAGGAGUUCUAGCAGUUGGUGAUUUCUUUGGGCAUACAAAUAAGAUUGUUACUAUGGCGGGUGCCUCUUGUAGGAGGAAAGAUGACUUGUUGCAGAAGCAUCAUGACAAAUUGGUAGCACAGCUUGAGAAUGGGGAUAUUGUGUCAGGAAGUGGUCAACAUCAAGAGACAAGCUUAGCCAGACCGGGUGAUACACGAUGGGGAUCACAUCAUAGAACUCUAAUUCGUUUACAUCAAAUGUGGGAUUCUGUGGUUGAAGUGCUCGGAGGUAUUGUUGAGGAUGGGACAGAUACAGAUGAUAGAGGCGUGGCUUCAGGUUAUCUCAUAAACAUGGAAACCUUUGAAUUUGUUAUUAUCUUGCAUUUGAUGCUUCGAGUACUUGGUUUAACCAAUGAUUUGUCACAAGCACUGCAACAAAAAGAUCAAAACAUAGUUAGCGCCAUGAAUAUGAUUAUCUCGGUGAAAAGCCUAUUGCAGAAGUUGAGAGAUGAUGGGUGGGAGCCUCUCUUGUUGGCUGCUACUAACUUUUGCAUGGGAAGAAAUAUUUUGGUGCCAAGUAUGGAUGAUAAUAUUUAUGCUAGAGGAUACCCAAGGAGCUCACGCAAAAUGGUCACCAACUUGCAUCAUUACAAGGUACAAAUAUUCAAUGAGGUGAUUGACAGAAACAUAGUUGAGAUGAAUCAUCGAUUUAGUGAAACUUCCACACGUUUGUUGAAGUGCAUUGCAUGCCUAGAUCCUAGGGAUUCAUUUGCCAACUUUGAUCAUGAGAAGCUACUUGAGCUUGCAAAUAUUUACUCUGUUGAUUUCUCUUCACAAGAUUGCUAUCUUUUGAUUGAUCAACUCAACAUAUAUGUUGAUGUGAUGAGAAGAGGCCCAAAUUUCUUGGCUUGUAGUAGUCUCAGUGGUCUUGCUCUCGAGUUGGUUAAAACUGGACAACAUUUGGUAUUUCCAUUGGUUUAUCGCCUCAUUAGGCUUGCAUUGAUAUUACCGGUGGCGACAGCAUCAGUUGAGAGGGUUUUCUCAGCCAUGAAUAUUAUAAAGACGGAUCUUCGAAAUAAGAUAAGUGAUGAUUGGCUCAAUGAUCUGAUGAUAUGCUUUGUUGAACGAGAGAUAUUUUCAAAGAUAUCCGACAAGCAGAUUAUGUUACGUUUUCACGCCUUGAAGAACCGCCGGGGCCAUUUACCUCGAAAAUUCCAUGCUGAUGCUACUACUACAACUUAGUGGUCUCGCUUCAACUUUAAUCUUUACCCCUUCGAGAAUAUUAUUAUGGACUUAUGGUUGACAAGGGCAUCUCACGGGGCUGAAAUCCAUGUUACAAGGUUUUAAGUGUAUUUUGUGCCUUUUUCAUGUUAUCCUGGUAGUUUUGUU